UGGAUUGUUGCAUUCGCUUUCGCGCUUUGGUUCGAAUAGCCCCUAGAGAAGUUUCGCGUCAAAAUUGGUGUCGACUGCCUUAUGACGAUGAUCUGAUUUUUUUCGCCAAACAUCGUGACACAACGUGAAACCCGUAAUUGUGCUUUGAUUUACUUUUGAAUGCCACGGACCAGAAUCAGGACACAGGGCAAAAAACCUCUGCAUUUAUCAGGAAGCUUAGGUCAAAAUUUGCUUUAGUAGAGAAGCAGAACCGAACCAUCCAUUUUAAGUUGAAGUCAAUGCAGCCGAUAUAGUCCAAUAAUCAAAAGAAAAUAUACAAAUUAUGCCAACGAAACGUGUAAUCAGUAAUGUUCUACUCUUUCUUAGUAUCGUUACAGCUACAUCAGUGGAGAGAAAAGCAGCUAAAAACUAUGGUUGUCCUUCAAAUUUUAUAAGACUAAGCCAUAGGUGCUAUUUCUUUAGCAAAGAAAAAGCUACUUGGCAAGAUGCAUUUUACCAGUGCCAUUCAAUGCACAGUAGUCUAGCUAUAAUAAGAAAUAGUAAUCAAGACAAAUUGAUCAAGAAAACAUUGAGCAAAAAUACUAUGGAACCGUUGGAAAGGUGGCUUGGCGGACGGUAUGAUUGGCAACAAAAACGAUGGAAAUGGGCAGCUUCUGGAAAACCCUUAAGCUACAAAGGUUUCGAUAAAUCGGUGAACCAGGAGGAAGAGAUCUUACAAUGGAACUGCAUUAUUAUUGAUCCACUUCUUCAACUCAAAUGGAACUUCCGAAGUUGUUUAGAACAAAAACAUUUCAUUUGUCACAAGAAAAUUCAGAGCAUUACCAACAACAAGCCAAGAAAGAAACAAAUGAAACAGAAACAGUAUAACACGAAAUAUCUUAACGAGAUUCCUAUUCCUGACUUACCAAACGAUAUAUCAGAAAAUACGAUCUCUCUUGAAUCACAACAGAGGAAAACACCAGAAUCCGACCCUUUCCAUUUAAAAAUUGAUUCUUUUCCAUUAGAUGCUCAGCCGGCGUAUAGACCGAUUGAACGGAAAAAUAGGAGACGAAGAAAAAACUGGCCAGUGCCAGCUUUGAAGCAAUUUACUAAUGGGACUGUAUACGAAGACAAAACGACUUUACUAAUUAGUAACCAGCCUCUUAGACGAAGAAGAAAUAAAGUCAAAGAAGACGAAAUCGGACAGAGCCAAUUGCCAAUGUAUUAUAAAACUUAUAAAGAAAGCAGACGUUCGCAGCAUCCAUUACAUCCAAGUCCUAUAGUGGAGGAAUAUAAUUUUGCAAAAAGCCAAUAGACAAAAUAAAAAGCGAGACUAGGUUUCAUCAAAUUAUUUGAAUUGGGUUUUUAUUGGAUUUUUUUUUUUUUACUUUGGCAAAACGUUUCAGUCAUUUUAAUUCACCUUUAUUCACUUUAACCGC